GAGCGCGGCGGUGGCGGGAGCGGCGUCGAGUGUCUCCGGGCGUCCGUCUGUGGCCAGGCAGCCAAGCGGCCAGGCAGCCAAGCAGCCAGUCAGCUCGCCGCCGGAGGCCAGGCAGCCAACCAUGCUGAACUUCGGCGCUUCUCUCCAGCAGCCUGCAGAGGAAAGAAUGGAAAUGAUUUCUGAAAGAUCAAAAGAGAGUGUGUAUUCCUGGAACAAAACUGCAGAGAAAAGUGACUUUGAAGCCGUAGAAGCACUUAUGUCAAUGAGCUGCAGUUGGAAGUCUGAUUUUAAGAAAUACAUUGAAAGCAGACCCGUUACUCCAGUGUCUGAUAUGUCAGAGGAAGAGAAUCUGCUUCCUGGUACACCUGAUUUUCAUACAGUCCCAGCAUUUUGUUUGACUCCACCUUACAGUCCCUCUGACUUUGAACCCUCUCAAGUGUCAAAUCUGAUGGCACCAGCGCCAUCUACUGGACACUUCAAAUCAUUGUCAGAUACUGCCAAGCCUCACAUUGCUGCUGCACCUUUCAAAGAGGAGAAGAGCCCAGUACCUGCCCCCAAACUCCCCAAGGCUCAGGCAACAAGUGUGAUUCGUCAUACAGCUGAUGCCCAGCUGUGUAACCACCGAUCUUGCCCAGUGAAAGCAGCCAGCAUCCUUAACUAUCAGGACAAUUCUUUUCGAAGAAGAACCCACCUAAAUGCUGAGACUGCAAGAAAAAACAUACCUUGUGCAGCUGUGUCACCAAACAGAUCCAAACGUGAGAGAGACACAGUGGCAGGUGUUGAAGAGAAAGCAAGUGCUGCACUUUAUGACUUUUCUGUGCCUUCCUCAGAGACAGUAAUCUGUAGAUCUCAGCCGGUCCCCAUGUGCCCACAACAAAAGUCGGUCUUAGUCUCUCCACCUGCAGUAUCAACAGGGGGAGUGCCACCUAUGCCCGUCAUCUGCCAGAUGGUUCCCCUCCCUGCAAACAACCCAGCUGUGACAACAGUCGUCCCCAGCACUCCACCCAGUCAGCCGCCAGCCGUCUGCCCACCUGUUGUAUUCAUGGGCACUCAGGUGCCCAAAGGCGCCGUCAUGUUUGUUGUACCCCAGCCCGUUGUUCAGAACCCCAAGCCUCCAGUGGUGAGCCCAAAUGGCACCAGACUCUCUCCCAUUGCCCCUGCUCCAGGGUUUUCUCCUUCAGCAGCAAAAGUCACUCCUCAGAUUGACUCAUCAAGGAUAAGAAGUCACAUCUGUAGCCAUCCAGGAUGUGGCAAGACGUACUUUAAAAGUUCUCAUCUGAAGGCCCAUAGAACGCAUACAGGAGAAAAACCUUUCAGCUGUAGCUGGAAAGGUUGUGAAAGGAGGUUUGCUCGUUCAGAUGAACUGUCCAGACACCGACGAACCCACACAGGUGAGAAGAAAUUCGCCUGUCCCAUGUGUGACCGGCGGUUCAUGAGGAGCGACCAUUUGACCAAACAUGCCCGGCGCCAUCUGUCAGCCAAGAAGCUACCAAACUGGCAGAUGGAAGUGAGCAAGUUAAAUGACAUUACCCUACCUCCAACCCCUGCUCCCACACAGUGACAGACGGAUGGUAAAGAAUCAGACUAACUUUGGUCACAGCCAGAAGCCAGUGGUGAUAUAAAAAUGCUUCCACUGCAAGUCUGUGGCCCUCCAGUGCGGGCUGCAAGCAGAAGCCCCACGGCCUGGGGAGAAGGCCCAGCCUGGGUUAGAUGGUAAGAAGUGCUACGGCCACAGGCAGCUCAAAGAGUGGCAGGACUCAUUUCUUACCACGUAAGAGAGAUGAGAAAGUUUAUUCCUUUCAAUAUUUUUUGAAGGUUUCAGGUGAGGUCAGCGCAACCACAGGUAGCACAGAUUUUGAAUUUGUGUGCACAAUUUGUUACUUUACUUUCACCAUUUAUACUUGAGACCAACUUUUCAAUGUGAUUCUUCAAAAGCACUGGUUUCAAGAGUGUAGAGACUGGAAGUAAACAUUACGGUACAGAGAUGGAGAUGUAAAAUUGAUCUGUAUUAUCGCGAAUAUUAUUAUCCUUUCCUAGAGUUAUCUUGUUUACUAUUCUUAGUCUUUCCAUUCAACUUCGUGGACAUAGUUGUUAAAUAUAUCUAGAACUAGCAUUUUUACACUAGUUGCUGACGUUUGGAAUUGAGCAACUGUAUAUUGCUGAAGAGGUCCCAAAGAAUUGGAAUCCUCAUUAAUUUAAUUGCUUUGAAGUGUUGCUUCAGGGUUUUUUUUUGCGUUUUUGUUU